AUGAUCAUCCCAUCCACUUUCCUCCUCUCCCUCUCCAUCCUCGCUCCUCUCCUCACCGCAUCCCCCAACCUCGUCACCACCCCCUUUCUCCCUCCCUUCCUCCUCUUCUCCCCACACCCCCUGACCAAACGCCUCACGAACCUCCAAACCUUCAGUGGCGCCCUCGGCGGCCCCCCACCACCCAUCGAGCCCUCCAGCAAUACCGAUCGCGAAUUCUCCGUCGACGGGAGCACUUUCCCGGAUUUCGAGAGCGCGGCGCAGAGGAGUUGCGAUGUGCAGUUUGAUGCGUGUCAGAGUGUGGCGAAUGGGGGUGUGGAUGGGGAGGAAGGGCAGAGUCAGGGGCAGAGGGGGCAGGGAGAGGUGCAAAGGCAGAGCAAGGAUCGGGGGCAGGGGAAUCGGGGUGGGGAUGAUGGUGGGCAGGGGAGGGAUCGGGGGAGUGGGAGGGAUGGUAGUGGAGGCAAUGGGAAUGGGAAUGGGAAUGGGAAUGGGAAUGGGAAUGGAAAUGGGAAUGGAAAUGGAAAUGGAAACAGCAACGGCAACGGCAACGGCAACGGCAACGGGAACGGGAACGGGAAGCGAGGCAAUUCCUCCAGAAAUGGAGACGGCGAUGGGCGACGUGGCGGGGCGAGAGACGGCAACAAGAAGGAUAAGAGGCUGGAGCAACGACAGAAUGGCGGAAACAAUAGCGAUGGCGACCUGACGAUUGAGAUGUGCAGUGAGCAGAGAUCUAACUGUGAUGAAGCCCAGUGUGAUGCUGCCCAGCAGGAUGCGCCAGUCACGGCGUUUUCGUUUACGAAUGAGGGACCUGAUCCUCUGGAGCCGGAGUUUGAUUUGAUAUGCGAGGCAUGA